AUUUUACCAGAAGAUAUUUCCGGUGAGGCCUUUCUGCAUUAAAAUUGUUUUAAUUGACGAGAGCUGCGCUUCUUAUGACAAGCUUAUUUCCAUGACUCAUUCGUGUAUCCUACAGAAGCGACAACAUUACCGGUUUUCAUCGUAACAUGCACAUCUCAUACCAGUGACCGUCAGAUAUGGAGGAAGAUCCGGUACCAAACAUGGAAGAUGAGGAUGAUGAAGAAGACUUUGAGUGGGCUGCAGGACAGGAGGAUGAAGAAGCGUUUGACUGGCUUCAGGAGGAGCAGGAGGAUGGGUUUGUGUCCAGAGAUCAUCCGGCUGAGCGCAGCGGUCACAUCGCCGUCACUGACCGCGGCUGCAUGUUCGUUUGGGGAGGAUACAAGAAUGCUGACACCGAAGUGCCUGUAUUCACCGACUUGUAUUUGCCGAAGAACGAAGUCUGGAUAUACAACAUGGAGACGAGAAGAUGGAGAAUGCAGCGCUCGGAGGGCGAGGUGCCCAGCUCGAUGUCGGGCAGCUGUGGCUCGUCUGUGGAUGGUGUUCUCUAUCUGUUCGGUGGACACCAGGCCCGAGGAAACACUAAUCUGGUGUACCGUCUGCCUCUGAGAGCGCCUGAGCUCCGCUGGGAGAAGAUGAGCAAGCUGACAGGCCUGGCGCCGACCUGCAAAGACAAGCUGGGCUGCUGGGUGUACAGAAACCAGCUGGUGUAUUUCGGGGGCUACGGCUAUAUUGCGCAGCCUGGGCACAGAGGGACGUUCGAGCUAGACGAGAACUCCUUCAUGGGCAACCACGCAGGACGAGGCUGGAACAAUCACAUCCACGUUCUGGAUCUGGAGACGUCAGCGUGGAGUCAGCCCAUCACAAAGGGAGCCGCUCCGUCGCCUCGAGCCGCUCACGCCUGUGCCACCGUCGCAAACCGAGGCUAUGUGUUCGGAGGACGCUACAUGGAUCAGCGGCUGAAUGAUCUGUACUGCAUCGACCUGGACACUUGGGAAUGGAGUGAGAUGAGCGUUCCUCAGCACGGUCCAGUCGGCCGCUCGUGGCACUCCUUCACUCCGGUGUCUGCGGAUCACAUCUUUCUGUUUGGUGGCUUCACGACCGACAGAGAGACGCUGAGCGACGCUUGGCUGUACUGCAUCAGUAAGAACGAGUGGAAAGCGCUCAAACACGAGCACACGGAGCGGCCCAGGCUGUGGCACACGGCGUGUUUGGGUCCUGAUGGAGAAGUGUUCGUGUUCGGAGGAUGCGCCAAUAAUCUCCUCUCUCAUCAACAGGCUGCUCACAGCAACGAGUUGCUGGUUUUCACAGUUCAGCCCAAAUCUCUGGUCAGGUUGUGUUUGGAUGCGGCCGUCCUGCACCGGAAGCGUCUGGAGCUGGUGUGGGACGUUCUGCCCAAAGCCCUGCUCCUUCGGCUCAGACAGAGAACCGCCGGAGACUCCUAGAAGACAAUCACAUGACCUGUGCGGAGAAACCAGAGACUUUUCUGACGAGUUAAGUGUCUCAUCUCAUGGAUUGGGAAAGUCGGCGUCAUUUAGGAUUGUAGCAGAAAAAUGAUUUAUUCCACUGGACAAACAAAAACAAUGUCUGAUUUUAUUUAAACAUUUUCAACUUGAUUUAUUAAUAGCUCAUCUGCAUUAAAAACGUCAAACACC